GAGUUUUUCGGAGGCUCCAAUGUGGGUGUGUGUCAGUCAGCAUGAGGAGCGCGGGGACGCUGCGGCAGCUCGCGCUGACUGUCAGCAGACGAUGUCUUCAUCAUCAUCAUCAUCAUCGUGUUAACGGACGGUCAGUGGGGAUCAUAGGAGCACCUUUCUCUAAAGGACAGCCUCGCGCUGGGGUGGACGGAGGACCGGACCUGCUCCGAGCUGCCGGACUGCUGCACCGGCUGCAUGAGCAAGGCUGUGCAGUGAAGGAUUAUGGGAACCUUACAUUUGAGGAAGUGGCGGACGACGAGUCCGUGGGUCGGGUGAAACAUGCACGGGCGGUGGGCAGCGCCAACCGGAGGCUGUCGGAGGCAGUGCGGGCUGUGAAGAAGGACGGACACACCUCAGUGAUGCUGGGAGGAGACCACAGUCUGGCCAUCGGCUCCGUCCACGGUCACUCGGCGGCGGUCGGGGAGCUGAGUGUCCUGUGGGUCGACGCCCACGCUGACAUCAACACGCCGCUGACCUCGCCCACCGGAAACGUCCAUGGACAGCCCAUGUCCUACCUCCUCCACGAGCUGCACUCGAAGCAGAUUCCCGUCUUGCCGAGCUUCUCCUGGAUCAAGCCGUGUGUGUCGGCCAAACAUCUCGUCUACAUCGGUCUGAGGGACGUGGACCCAGGAGAGCAUUACAUCUUGAAGCUCUUGGGUGUGAAGGUGUUUUCCAUGUCGGAGAUGGAUCACCUGGGCGUUGCCAAGGUCAUGGAGGAGACAUGUGACUACUUGUGUGCCAGAGUGAAGAAACCGAUCCACCUGAGCUAUGACAUUGAUGCCAUCGACCCCUCUGUUACCCCGGCAACAGGGACACCUGUAGCUGGAGGGCUCACCUACAGGGAGGGUGUCUACAUCGCCGAACAGAUCUGUCAGACAGGUCUUCUGUCAGGGGUGGACAUGGUGGAGGUGAACCCUCUGAGGGGUCAGGCUGACGAGGACGUCCAGUCCACGGUCAGCACUGCAGUGGACCUGCUGCUCGGAUGCUUCGGACGUCUCCGCGGGGGAAACCACCCACCAGGCUACCUCCUGCCCGAGCCCUGACAGGGAUGAUGCUGGACUCUCCCACUGCCCUGAUGGUCACCUAAAUGUCUCACCAACUGAAACUAAAGGGAUUCUUAGAUCUGAACUUCUUCACCUCAGACAGACGUCUUAAACUUCCACAUGCAGAAAACCAAAACUUCCUGUUUGAGCUCGCUUUUUAGAAACAGAAAAGCACGUCAUUUAUUGAUCUACUGCAAAUCCAAAGUCAGAUAAAUGAAAAUUGUGUUGGCGAUAGUUAUCAAUUAAUUGCUAGAGAUUUUAUCUCAAAUGUAAAUGAGAUACCAACAAUUAUUUGUAUUCUGAAAAUGUAAUAAAAUCCUUUUUAUCCUGUAAAAUCAACCAAAUAAAGACAUUAAAGCUG